CAAAACUAUCCGGGUAACCUCAGGCAAUGUUUUACACUCGGUUGCCGAACUGAAAGGACCACUUCCGCCCAGCUUUCCAGCUACUGGGAACCCAUUACCACAGCGCCACGAGCGCCGACGCAGGACCGGAAGUGACGUAAGAAGUUCCCGGGACUGAAACGACUUUUACCUGAUUUCUGUAUGUUGUCAUCUUGUGUACGCCCGGUCCCCACGACAGUCCGGUUUAUAGAUUCCCUGAUCUGCAAUUCUUCCCGUUCCUUCAUGGAUUUGAAGGCUCUCCUUUCUUCCUUGAAUGACUUUGCAUCCCUCUCCUUUGCUGAGAGUUGGGACAAUGUUGGAUUACUGGUGGAACCAAGCCCACCACAUACUGUAAAUACCCUCUUCCUGACGAAUGACCUGACUGAGGAAGUGAUGGAGGAGGUGCUGCAGAGGAAGGCAGACCUCAUUCUCUCCUACCAUCCACCUAUCUUCCGACCCAUGAAACGCAUAACGUGGAACACCUGGAAGGAGCGCCUGGUGAUCCGGGCUCUGGAGAACAGAGUGGCUAUCUACUCUCCUCACACAGCCUAUGAUGCUGCACCCCAGGGAGUCAACAACUGGUUGGCUAAAGGGCUUGGAGGUUGUACUUCCAGACCCAUACAUCCUUCCAAAGCUCCCAACUACCCUACAGAGGGAAACCACCGAGUAGAAUUCAGCAUUAAUCACAGCCAAGACCUGGACAAAGUCAUGUCCGCAGUGAAAGGAAUUGAAGAUAUUUCUGUCACUUCUUUUUCUGCUAGAAUUGAUGAUGAGGAACAAACACGGAUUAGUUUGAAUUGUACUCAGAAGGCUUUGAUGCAGGUCGUAGAUUUUCUUUCCCAGAACAAACAACUUUAUCGGAAGACAGAAAUUCUGUCACUAGAGAAGCCUUUGCUUCAACAUACUGGAAUGGGACGGUUAUGCACACUGGACGAAUCUGUCUCCCUGGCAACCAUGAUUGAUCGAAUCAAAAGACACCUAAAACUAUCUUACAUUCGCUUAGCCCUUGGGGUAGGGAGAACCUUAGAGUCCCAGGUCAAAGUUGUGGCCCUGUGUGCUGGUUCUGGGAGCAGCAUUCUUCAGGGUGUAGAGGCUGACCUUUACUUCACAGGUGAGAUGUCCCAUCAUGAUAUUUUGGAUGCUGCUUCCCAAGGAAUAAAUGUCAUCCUCUGUGAACAUAGCAACACUGAACGAGGCUUUCUUUCUGACCUUCGAGAUAUGCUGGGCUCUCACUUGGAGAAUAAGAUAAAUAUUAUCCUAUCAGAGACUGACAGGGACCCUCUUCAGGUGGUAUAAAUGCAGAAACCUCAGGAUAACACAUUCUACAAAUCAGUUGGAUGCCAACUUGAAUUAGUAAAAUGAGUCAGUGGGACUGGUGUGCCUCCAGAGAGUGUCUUAGACAGUAUCAUCAUUUUCGGUUUGUUAAUCUGAUUCACCAAAUGUUCUAUCACUCAUGAGAUAAAAACUGUAAUGUAACUACCAUAUUAAAUAACAGGUAUUCAUUAUAAACUCUAGGAAAGAUUGAAUAAAAUCUGUUUACUUAA